AUGAAUGAGAAGCCGUUGAGUUCAGAUGAUUCGGUGACGGCACAUGUUCAGGACAAUGUGAAUGCUCCCGAGGGUGCGCCGACAGAGACUUCGAUCAACGACACAAAGCUCGAUAGCAUAUUGGAGAGCAUGAAACUGAACACAGAACAUGAUGUGAGCUCUAUGAGCCACGAGAAGCUGCAUGAUCUAGGAUUGACCCAUCUUAAUCGAUUCCGAAACCUUGGAAACUUAGACGAUUUAGCGAAAGCAAUAGAAUAUGCAAAUCGUGCACUGGAUCUUACUCCAAACGGACACCUGGACCUGCCGGACCGGCACUCUGAUCUGGGGAUAUCGUACAACGAUCGAUAUAGGCGUCUGGGUGACCUCGGUGACCUCAAGAGAUCAAUUGAACAUAAAUCACACGCACUUGCACUCACUCCUAAGGGAAACCCUGAUUUACAUUACAGACAUGCUGCUCUGGGAGUAUCAUACAUCGACCGAUACAGACGCCUGAAUGAUUUUUGUGACCUCAAAAAGUCGAUCGAGCACUUUUCUCAUGCGUUAGCGCUCACUCCCGAGGGCCAUCCAGACCUACCGAACCGACAUGCGCACCUGGGAGCGUCAUAUAGUGAUCGAUUUAGUCGCCUGGGAGAGGUUGCCGAUCUCGAGAACUCUAUGAAAUACUAUUCCUCAGCACUAGCACUCACCCCUGACGAAGACCCAAGUCUGCCAAGCCGAUACUCCAACCUAGGGGGGGCGUACAACGAUCGAUAUCAGCGCCUGAACAAAUUGAGCGACCUCAGCAAAUCGAUUGAAUACAAGUCUCGCGCACUAGCACUCACUCCCGUUGGCCAUCCAUCCUUAGCAAACCGGCAUGACGAUCUGGGGCUUUUGUACACAGAUCUAUACAGGCAGCUAGGCAAGGCUGAUGACCUCGAUAAAUCAAUUGAAUGCUAUUCUCGCGCACUUGAGCUCACUCCUGACGGCCACCCAGACUUACAAUACCGGUAUGCGCACCUAGGAAUACCGUACAGUGAUCGAUAUCGACGACUGGAUGAGCUUCCUGAUCUCGAAAAAGCAAUAGAAUAUUUCCGUCGUGCACUUGAAGUCACCCCAGACGACCACCCAAACUUUCCAGAACGGCUUACUGCUCUAGGGGAGUCGUAUAACGACCGUUUUGGUCGGCUAGGUGCUAUAGAAGACCUCGAAAAAUCUAUUGAAUAUAACAAUCGGGCAUUAGUACUCACCCCCGAAGAUCAUGCAGACCUGCCGGACCGAUAUGGUGCUAUAGGAGCAUCGUAUAGCGACCGAUACAGAUGCCAGGGCAAAAUGAAGGACCUCGAGAAAGCAAUCGAAUGCUAUGCUCGUGCACUGGCGCUUACUCCUGACGACCAUCCAGAAUUACCAGUCUGGCACGAUAAUCUUGGUGCAUUGUACCGUGAUAAAUUUAAUUGCCUAGGACAACUUGCUGACCUCGACAAGUCUAUGGAACUAUUUUCUCUCGCGCUGGAGCUCACCCCCAAUGAUAACCUGGACUUGCCAAUCCGGUAUGCCAAUCUGGGGGUAUCGUACAGUGAUCGAUACAGACGUCUGGGUGAGGUCACUGACCUUGAGAAGGCAAUUGAACAUAAGCGCCAUGCAUUAGCGUUGAGCUCCGAUGGCCACCCAAAUAUUCCGGCUUGGUACAGCAAUCUAGGCGUGUCAUACAACGACCGAUAUAGGCUUUUGGGAGAACUAGGAGACCUCGAGAAACCUAUUGAUUGUUUUUCUCGCGCACUUUCACUCACCCCCAAUGGCCACCCGGAUUUGCCAUGUCGACACACUAAUAUAGGGAUUGCAUACAGCGAUCGGUAUAAGCGCCUAGGCAAACUGAGCGACCUUGAGGAAGCAAUCGAAUACUAUUCUCACUCAGUCACACUUACGCCUAAGGAUCACCCAGACUUACCGCGCCGGCAUGCCGAUCUAGGAAUGUCGUACAACGAGCGGCAUAGGCGCCUGAGUGAAUUCGAUGACCUCAUGAAAUCGAUUCAGUGUAUGUCUGAUGCGCUUGAACUCACUCCUGAAGACCAUCCAGAUCUGGCAGAUCGACACGCUGAUUUGGCAGGCUCAUAUGGAGACUUAUACGUUCGCCUGGGUAACCUCAGUGACCUAGAAAAAGCGAUAGAGUGUUCUUAUCGUGCAUUGACGCUUACUCCUGAUGGGCACCCGGGGUUGUCUUUGCGGCACUUCAACUACGCUGUAUCCCUCCACCAUCGUUACCAACACACCGGCGAUUCCUACCAUUUAAAUACCACCCUUGAAUAUUUUCGUAAAUCUUCUCAAUUGCUAAAUGGCGCACCACGAGAUGUGUUUGAUAGCGCUUUACGUUGGGCAAAGCUUGCGUCCGAGCACAGCUAUCUCAACCCAAUUGAGGCUUUCCGUACAACAAUCGAUCUUCUUCCCUAUUUCAUAUGGCUUGGCGCCACUGCUUCUCAACGAUACCAGGACCUGUCAUUAGCCGACAAUCUUGCUGUUCGAGCUGCCUUUGCUGCUAUCCAGUCAUCCAACUACAAUCUAGCGUUAGAAUGGUCGGAGCACGCACGAUGUAUUGUAUGGAACCAAAGCCUUGUACUUCGUUCUCCUCUAGAUGUCCUCAAAGUAUCCCAUCCAGACCUUGCUAUUCAGCUUCAGUCAAUUGCCUACCAACUUCAUCAUGCAAGCACAUUAUCCCCAGCGUCUUGCGAAAAUUCAUCUAGCAAAAACGAUUCAGAACAUCGUCAUUUUCUUGCCAGGGAAUAUAACAAACUACUGGUCCAGGCACGCGAGCAACCUGGUUUCGAGGGCUUUCUUCAAGCACCAAAGCUUAACGAUCUUAUUAAGGCUGCUAAGAUUGGGCCGAUUAUUGUCAUCAAUUGCUAUGAUGUCCAUUGUGAUGCACUAGUUAUCUUGCCUGGAGAGAGUCAUGUCGGCCAUGUUGCUCUGCCAAAUUUUAGCGAACAAGAAGCACGGCAUGCUCGCUCUGAAAUUGAACAAUUACUUCGGCAGAAAGGAGUUCGCGAGCGCGGAAUGAUACUCAGAGAACCGCGAAGGCAUGCAUCUCGAAAGGACCCGAAUAUUGGGCCUAUCCUUGCUAGUCUCUGGUAUAAUGUCGUCAAGCCAAUACUUGACUUCCUGGGAUAUAUGGGCAAUAAUACACUAGAAAACCUCCCUCAUAUAACGUGGUGCCCUACUGGAGCUAUGUCCUUCCUCCCACUUCAUGCGGCCGGAGACUACAACAACCCACAUUCUAAAGUGUUUGAAUAUGUCAUAUCAUCAUACACUCCAACCCUUGCUGCUCUACUUGCAUCGACUACUACUGUCUUGAGAGAUUCCCCUAAGAUACUGGCCAUAGGUCAGCCUGCAACACCUCGCCUCACUCCUUUACCCGGAACCGCUAGGGAGCUUGAGCAUAUCAAAUCUCAUACUAAAGGCAGGGCUGAUUAUUUGCAGCUCAUAGGAGAGGAGGCAACUACAACAACUGUUCUCGAUACUAUGGAAAAAUAUGACUGGGUCCAUCUUGCUUGUCAUGCUCACCAGAACGUCGAAGACCCAACCAAGAGUGGGUUCCGUCUACAUAACGGCACUCUUGAUCUUUCUUCCAUCAACCAGCGGUCACUAACAAAUAAGGGGCUGGCGUUCUUAUCAGCUUGCCAAACCGCCACAGGCGAUGAGGCUCUACCAGACGAAGCCAUACAUCUUGCAUCUGGCAUGCUCAUGGCUGGGUAUCAAAGUGUUAUUGCAACCAUGUGGUCUGUUGUGGACGAUGAUGCCCCAUUUGUGGCGGAUAAGGUCUAUGCGCAGCUGAUGCAGGAUAAAAAAAUAGGGAAUGGAGAGGCAGGGAAAGCGCUGCACCAGGCUGUAGCGGGACUGCGUGAGAAAGUUGGAGAGAAGGAGUAUAGUCGAUGGGUACCAUAUAUCCAUAUAGGCUCAUAG